GGAGCCAUGUUUGAAACUCAAGAAGCGACGAUUUCCUCAUCAUGAUUUAUUCAGAAGAUUUCACGAAUUCAAAGAACCUGCGCCCGAAGAGCAACUUUGUCCCAGGAUAGAAUGAAGAGCGGAGCAAAGCGAUACCUGCCGAGACAAGACUAUAUGGACUAUUACCCAACUGGAGACAUGGGCACAGAGGCGCCGGUGUUGUCAGAUGACCAGCCCAGUUUGGACACAGUAACGAGUAUGGAUCAGCUAUUACAGCUCCUGUACCCUGAAUACAGUUUGCUUCAGCACUGCCUGAGGAAGAAGUUGUGGCCAGCCUCCUCGUCCCCCUCUUUUUCAUCCACUGCAGCAAGCCCUUCAGUCUACUCUAGCGAUGAGGAUCUCUGGGGUCAGCCAAGGGAGGAGGCUCUUUAUAAAGUUGACGAGACUUUGGGAGUCAUCCUAGAGGAGAUCCAGCGGACCUCAUGCCAGCCCAGAGAGGUGUGUGUGGAGGUCGCUAAAGAAUAUCCAGAAUCCACCAGUCAAAUCUACCUCCCCCGAUGUGUGGCGCUGCAUCGGUGUGGUGGAUGCUGCAACAGCGAGGCGUUUUACUGCACAAAUACAAGUCACUCACUUGUAAACAAGACAUUGAUGGAACUGUCCCAUCCCAGGAUGGAUCGCUCAGUUGUCAUGGUAACCUUUGUCAACCACACUUCGUGCGAAUGCCUCUCCAAGCGGCCGCUCCACUCCAUCAUAAGACGAGCCGCAACAGAUCACCUGUGUUCCCCUCCUGACAUUCCCUGCGCCUCAGGGUCAUUAUGGGAUCCAGUGAAUUGUAUGUGCGUCUCUACAAAUGUCAUAAACUACUCUGAGAGAGAGACAGAUGUGAUGGAUUCGGGUCUUCUGGCUCUCUGUGGGCCCAACAGGGUUCUGCAGGAAUCGACCUGUGAGUGCAUUUGUCGAAAUGGACUGACUGAGGACAGCUGCGAUCCAGGCUGGAAACUGGAUCACAAUACAUGUGAAUGCCAGUGUGAAGGUCAAAGUGAGGGGAAGUGGUGUCCUGCUGGCCAGCGGUGGGAUGAUGACCUGUGUGGCUGUGUAUGUGCAGCAGAUUGUCCUGGGAGUCAGCCCCUGAACCCCGACACCUGCCUGUGUCAGUGCAGAGAGAGUCCACAGUCAUGUCUGCGGCAGGGCAAGAGGUUCAACCCAAACACCUGCAGUUGUUACAGGUUACCAUGCAGAAAGCCCAGGCGGGUGUGCUUGGCUGGGUUUUACUACAGCCACCAAGUCUGCCAGUGCAUCCCCAACUACAUGAGGCCAGAGUGGAAUUAACCAAACACGGGCCGACAGGAGUGCAGCCACCACCAUUUAUUGCCCUGUGAUCUGAGGCUUAAGACAUUUUUGGCCUAAAAACAAAGGAGCAAUACAGCAGGAGUGCCUCUUCCCAGGAGUGCAGGGAGGUGCAACUACACAUUUACACGUAUUGGAUUACAACAGACUUCAAGGAGCACUUGGAGGAGUUUUAAUGAUGCUGCCUGUGCUGUGACACUCUCCCAAAAGACAAAAUACAACACAGGAGAAUGGUUGUGUUUACUAAUGAAAAAAAAAGUCCACAACAGCCACCCACACGCAGUAAAACCAAUAAAAAGGAAGAGGAAAUGAGGAGAAAUAAUUGACUCCCUGGGACACGGACUGUCGGUGCACAGCUGAUGACCUUCUCCCCAUCACCAAGAGCAUGAUGUCGACUGGAAACGACCUAUCACACCACGAGACUGCCUAAAAGAAUGACAGCCAGAUCCUGAGUCAGCCUGCAUCUCCGCUGCGACGUGUUUGAGCAAGACAGUCGACCAAGACCUGCUGCAGCAGCCCUGCUCGCGACCGUGAGAAUCUGAAAGUGGAAUAGGAUAAUAACAGACCAGACUCCAUGUUUUUUCCCAGAUUAAGCUGUGGGUAACUUCACACUUUGGCAGCACCGAGUAGAGACAAAUUGGAAAGGUUGAAGGAUUUUUUUUGGUGCUGUUGCUGAAUUCCUACAAUAAUAUGAUGCCAGGGCUUUUUUAGUAAUGGUGGCAAUAACAUCUAUUGUUGGUCAUUUCAAAGAAUCGGAGACCUUUUUCCCAACUCUAGAUCGUACUGCGUCUGUACAAAAAGGAAUGGAGUGCAUCUCUUAUUGAAGCUCAGUUUUCUUUUUUUAUUUAGGGCUAAAUAAUGUCUUUUUCCAUCAAAGAUUUGGCUUGCCUCCUUUUUUUGGAGCAAAGUAGAGAUUUGAUGCCAGAGCCUGUUUCAUUAAAUGCUAAAUUAAACACUCCCCACUGUUAUUGUAUUCCACUUUCUACUUGCCUCUAUUGCAGUGCUGCUCUUUGAAGAUUUCCUUCAUACAUGGCUGAGUCCAAUCACAAUGGAUUUUAACACUUGGAUACAGUUUAAGAUUUACUACUAUAAUUUAACUUUACACAUUUUUGUAAUAUAUUUUGUAAAUAUUUAAAUCUUUUUUUCUUUCAUAUUUAAAACCGUGACAUUUUAAGGACAGAAUUGAGUCGUCAUAAAAUAUUUGUAUUUAAGUCUCUAUCAUAACUAAAUAUUGUUUUUGAAUGAAACUACUUACAAGUCUUUCUACUCCACUAGUUUUAAUUAUGAUAUUUUUUUGUUUUGUUUUUUUAACUGUCAACCUAGCCUGCACUGCAAAAGAUUGAUGUCAAAAGGUCAUUCAGACACCUUGGCUUCAAAAGGCUAUGAUCUUCUGGCUCAAAUAUACCCUUAAUGUUAAGAUGAAGAUGCAUAGAAAUGAUUGUAGUGUUUGUGCUUCAUUGGUGUCAAAUAUUUAAGUAGUUUUGAAGUAUUGAUUAAAAGCCUCGUCAGACUGA